CCCAGCCGGCCCCCAAACCCCCCCGGGCACCGGGCGCUCCGGUCCCGUCCGGUCCCCGCCGGGGUCUCCAUGCGAGCCGAGCCCCGAUGGCCGCGGUCCCGAGCGCCGGGAUCAAGCGCAAGCCGGAGGAUGCGGUAUCGGGAUUGGGAUCGGGAUCGGCCGCGUCCAGCGGCGCCACCUCGGACGACGAGAUCGCCACGAGCGACAGCGGCGACAGCUGCGACAGCGGCGGCAGCACCGGCAGCGCCGCGCCUCCAUCCAUCCUGCGGCGCUCCCGGGCGCGCCGGGGCGGUAAGCGCGUGCGCUUCGCCCAGGUCACCGUCUACUACUUCGCCCGGCGCCAGGGCUUCACCUGUGUGCCCAGCGCUGGGGGCAGCUCCCUGGGCAUGGCCCCCCGGCACCACCGUGCCCGCAGGUACAGCCUCAGCCAGUUCGCUCACCUGCGCCAGGUGAGCCACCGGCAGCACCUGCGGCAGCACCUGCGCAGGGAGAAACUGCGCGCCAGGAGGAGGGAGCUGACCCAGAACGGGACGGUGCCGUCGGCCGAGGCCGCGGGGCUGACCUUGGCCGACGUGUCAGACGAUGACCUGGACGUGGGGCAGGUGGAGGUGGGCGAUUACUUCUACCUGCAGCCGCUGCCCACCAAGCGGCGCCGGGCGCUGCUGCGCGCCUCGGGCGUGCGCAGGAUCGACGCCGAGGAGCGGCAGGAGCUGCGGGCGCUGCGCCUGUCCCGCGAGCAGUGCGGCUGCCACUGCCGCCUGACCUGCGAGCCGCGCACCUGCGCCUGCAGCCAGGCCGGCAUCCAGUGCCAGGUGGAUCGCACGUCGUUCCCGUGCGGCUGCUCCCGGGACGGCUGCGGGAACGUGGCCGGGCGGAUCGAGUUCAACCCCCUGCGUGUCCGCACCCACUUCCUGCACACCCUGAUGAAGCUGGAGCUGGAGAACCGGCGCGAGGAGGAGGAGGAAGGAGCUGCUGCCCUCCCUGGCCCCAGCUGGCCGCCCCCGCAGCCCCCCGAGACUCAGGACUUCCAGGAGUACCUGGCGGAGAACGAGCGGGCGGUGCUGCACCUGCAGACGGCCGAGGAGCUGGAGAGGCUGAAGGCCGAGGAAGACUCUGGAAGCGGCUCUGGGGGAGAGGGGGGCGGGGUCUGCGUGCUGGGGGAGCACCUGGAUGACACCUGGCAGGUGAAACCUCCCCCGUGCCCCGGGCUCACCUCCACCAUCCUCAUCCCAGCCCAGUUCCCACUGGAAUCUUCUGUCCUGUGCUAUCCCCCAGGGCAGCCAGCCCAGGUGGGCUCCCAGCCUUACCUGCCCGAUGCACCUGGGCUCUACUGCCAGCUGGAGCCACGGGCAGGUGCCAAGGGUGGCAGUGGCCACAUGGAGCAUCCACCUCCAGCCUCCAGCCCCCCUGGGAAGGAGCUGGGGGUCCCGCCUGUCCCUGCUGCUGUGAGCAAGGGAGGAGCACCCCAAAAUCUCCCAGAGCACCUGGAGCACCCCCACCUGCCCAUAUGAGUGGCCUCAGGCCCUCUGGCUCUGUUAUUUAUUCCAUGGAUUGAUUAUUUAAUUGGUGGGAGCUGCUCUGUACAGAGGAUUCACCUGGCCCAGGGCCAGGAGUCCUUCUCUCACCUGGGAGGGGUCACCUGUGCCAGGACUCACCUGAGCUGGAGCCUCCUGGAUCCCAUGGCAGCUCUGUCCCCCUGGCUGCCUCCACUUUCUGUGUUUUUAAGGGAAAAGCUCUUUUUCCCUAAUUCCUCUUUGUUUGAUGAACGUUUCACCUGGGCCACCUCAUGCAGGUGAUGCUCCCACUCACCUGCAGCUGGGAUGGAUUGGGAAACACCUGAAACUGGCACAAGAGACCCAAGACUGGAGUCCCCAAACUCACCUGGAAAAUUUUGGGGGGUUGAACCAACUUCACCUCCUUGUUGGCCCCUCCAUCACCUGGAACUGAUCACCUGUACCUGUGGGAACCUUCUGGGAUGUUCAUUCCCCUGCUGGGAGGUGCCUCCAGCAGCUGCUGAGGGGUUGGAGCUGCCCCUCCAGGGACCAGGAUUUGGGAUCUGAGGGUGCAGGAGUGUCCCUGCCGCUACCUGUGACCCUGGCCCACUGCAGGUGGGCUCUGGGCGGCCAAGUGGUCCUGGAGCAGUUCCAGCAGGAUCAGCCCUGCAGGUGUGCACAGGUGUCCCAUGGGUGCAGUGUCACCUGGCCCUGCCCUGCCUGAUCCCUGAGUUCUCAGCUGGCUCCUUGCCCAUCCCAGGUGAGCUCCAUCCAUCCAUGCAGGUGACCCUCACCUGGCUGUGUUUCCCAAAGAGCUGUUCCUGCCAUUGCAGCCCUCAGGAUCCAUCCCAUGAUGCCAGCAGGAUCAGAGCUCUGCAGGUGUGCACAGGUGUCCAGCUCCUGCUGUUCAUGGUGCACCCGACUUCCCAGAGCACCUGCAACUCCCUGUGCUGCUCCUCAGGUGCUUCCUGCUCACCUGUGCUCCCUCUGCCUCCGGGCACCUCCUGUGGCAUCAAACUGGUCAGACUGGCAUGGAUUCAGGUUCUCCAGGUGUGGAUUCUCCAGACUUACCUGGUCCUUCCAGCCCUUCCUUGGAUUGGGUUUCAUGGGAAGCCCACCUGUGCUCUGGACCUUCCUGGGAUCUGUCUUGGGGUGAAACUGCUCAUUUCUGGGGCUUUUCCCUUUUUUGGCUUCAGCCAGGUGAGAUCAGCCUGGCAAGAGGCAGGAGAGGGGGAAAGUUGGGAUGUGGGGUUGUGCCCCAGGGAUUUGCUCACCUGAAUGCUCCUGGAUUCUGGGAUCUGCUCACCUGCUCGGGACUGUGCCCCAAAACCUGCAUUCUGCUCACCUGGACCCUACAGACUGUGGGAUCUGCUCACCUGGACCUGCUCACCUUGUGGGAUCUGUGCCUUCAGGACCUGCUCACCUGGAUGCUCCCAGACCCCGGGGUCACAGGGACCCAAAUCCCCCAAUCCAGCUGCUGCCCCCCCGUACUUUUCCCAAAUUUUUGGUUUCUCCAUCGCCUUUUCCAGCAGUUUCCCCACACUGGGCUCUGACCCUCACCAGUUUUGGGGGUCCCCUGGUGCUCCUGGGGGUCAUCUGUGCCCCGUGGGGGGGUUAAAAAGGGUUUAAGGGGGCUCACUGGGGUUUUUAGGGGUUAUGAGGGCAUUGAGGGGGUUUUUUGGGUUGGAAGGGGUUCAGAGGGGUUUUUAUGGGAUUUAGGGGUUCAGGACAGUUUAAAAAGGGGUUUUUAGGGGUUUAAGGGGGUUCAGGGAGGUUCAGAGGUUUAAGGGUUAUGGGGGAACUGAGGCUUUUUGGGGGUUUUAGGGGUUCAGAGGGGGUUUUAGGGGGCUAAAGGAGUUUAUUGAGAGAGUUAAAGGGUCUUUUAGGAGAUCAAGGGGGUUUUUAUGGGUUUAAGGGGCUUUGAAAGGAGUUUGAGGGGAUUGAAGGAAGUUCAGUGGGGUUUGGGGAUUUUUUUAGGCUUUUGAAGGGAGUUUUUAAGGGGGGGUUUAAGAAGGGCUUUGGGGGGGGUCCAGAGGAGUCUAAAGGGGCUCAGCUGGGCUUUAGGUUGGUUUAAAGGGCUUUUUUAGGGGCUCAAAGGGGAGUUUAAGUGAGUUCAGAAGGUUUAAGGGGCUUUAAAAGGGAAUUCAGGGAUCUUAGAUGGUUCAGAGGGGUUCGAGGUUGUUUAGGGGGUUCAAAGGGGUGUGUAAGGGGUUAAAAAUGGGGUUCAGAGGGGCAUUUGGGGGUUCAGAGGGUGAUUUUGGGGGGUUCAGGCAGGGAUUUAAUGGUGUUCAGAGGUUUUUUAGGGCUUCAGGAGAGAUUUCAGGGUGCUUGGCAGAGCCAGAGGGGUUUAGGCGGAUCCCAGGAGUGAUUUUUGGUGGUCAGGAGGGCUCACAAGGAGGUUCAGAACAUCUCAAUGGCACUUAAAGGGGUGUUGAGGGGGGUCAGAGGCGAUUUCCCAGGGGUCUCAGGGGGGAUUUGGGGUGGGGAGAGGCCUCGGUGACCCCCAGACCCCCCAGGGAGCCGGGGCUGUCCCCAUGGAGGUGCCCAAAUCCCCCGGGAAUGGCCCCAAACCCAGCAUCACCCCUGAGAGGGGCAGGGCACUCCAAACCCUGCCCUGGAUCCCCUAGCUGGUGCUUCCCAAUCCAUGGAAUUCCCGGAUUUAUCCCACUGCACCCCACAAUUCCCAGAUUUAUCCCUUUUCCCCCAAACCCCCCAGGCUCGGUGGGAUCAGGUGGGGGUUCCCUUUUCCCCUGGCUGGAUUUGAGCCAGUCUGGAUUCCAUGGAUUUGGUCCCCCCCGGUGCUACUGCCCCCCAAAACCCCUGGGGACCCCCAGACCUCCCCCCAGGGUGUCCAAAGCAGCUUCAGAAGUUUUAAUGGCAUUUUUAUUUCCUGCUUUUUUUCCCCCCUUUUUUUUUCUACUUCUUUUCUUUCCUUUAAUUUUUAAUUGUUUUUCUUCCCUUUUAAAUUUAAUUUUAAUUUUUUAAAAUUUUGGGUUUAUUUCCUUUCUCUGUUUUUAUCGCCUUUUUAUUUCUUUAUUGAAUUUUUACUUGCACUUCUUCCUUUUUUAAUUAAUUGCUUUUUAAAUUUCCCUUUUAACUUCCUUUAUUUUUUCCUUUUCUUAUUUCUAUUCCAUUUUAAUUUCAUUUUUUGGUUUUUAAUUUCCAUUUUAACUCCACAUUUAAUGCCACCAAGUGAAUCCAAAGCUUCUCCCCACUAUUAUUCAUUUUUCCUGCUUUUCCGCAGUUUCCUGGGACGAUGCUGUAUUUAAAGAGAAUAUUUAAGUGGAAAAAUAAAAAGUGGUUAAACUUGA